UUACAAAGAUUACUUCCUACAGAUGAUUGUUGAUAAUUUCAACGACUUUUCUACACAAACAAAACCCAGCCAACCGUCGUCUUCCUGCCUCUUCCCGCCUCCACCACCGCACACCAGCAACAGCAUUAUGGACAUCGAUCAUGAAGUUGGCUUGCUCGUCAAGUGCAUGAAGCGCAUUGGAAAGGAGGGCGAUGAUGGCAAGAUCCAAGUCACAUUCGGCGAGAUCUUCCGCGAUGAGGUGUUGGAGCAGCAGCUGGAAUCGCUUGUUGGCACGAUGAAGGCAGCUCGCAAGCGCGGUCUGAUCGACUUCAAGGGUCAAAUCCUGCUGCAGGGUGCACACGACGAUGUGGUUGUGACGCUGCUCAAGGACGAGUGAUGGCCACGCGAAUGAUGGGCGAUUGCGACCCCAAUCUCGAUCUACGCUCUUUUGUGUGUUGCGUUUUGCUUGCUACCUGACUGGCUCUUCAUGUUGCUCUCCGCUGGCGCAUGUAUGUGUGUGUGUGUGCGUGUGUGUGCCGUGAUCAGUGUGACGGAGGAAAGCGGGGGAUUCGGGUUUACUGUUGCUUGCGUGUGCGUAUGCGUGUGCGCGUGUGCUCUCGUGUGGGUUUUGGUUGUUUUGCAAGAAGCUAGUCGCCAUGCAUGCUGAUUGAACGAUUGUGGACGGGAGACAGA